GUGUGUGUUUUGUCAAGCAUCCAGAAACCACGAUUUUUUUUUGUCGUUAACGCUUCAACGUAUUUUUUUUUUCAAUUUUCAAUAAAUUGUCAUUAAAUUGAGUUAUAAUGUCAGGUAUCGCGAGUGCCAGACUUGCCGAAGAAAGAAAAGCAUGGAGGAAAGAUCAUCCAUUUGGCUUUGUUGCACGUCCAACUAAAAAUCCAGAUGGUACAUUGAACUUGAUGAGCUGGGAAUGUGCAAUUCCAGGAAAAAAAACUACUCCAUGGGAAGGUGGUCUUUACAAAUUAAGAAUGAUUUUCAAGGAUGAUUAUCCAUCAAGUCCACCAAAAUGCAAAUUUGAACCACCAUUAUUUCAUCCAAAUGUUUAUCCAUCUGGUACUGUUUGUUUGUCAUUAUUGGAUGAAGAAAAAGAUUGGAGACCAGCAAUUACAAUUAAACAAAUUCUUUUGGGUAUUCAAGAUUUAUUGAAUGAACCAAAUGUCAAAGAUCCAGCUCAAGCUGAGGCUUACACUAUUUACUGUCAAAAUCGAUUGGAAUAUGAAAAACGUGUAAGAGCACAAGCAAGAGCAAUGGCACCACAAGAAGAAAUGGGCUUGUGAAGUGAAACUGAAAACAGCAUACGAUAAGAUCAAAAACAUUUCGAGUUUAUUACAACAACAAACCGAUGUUUCAAGA